AUGUCUUGUUUAUCUGCUUCAUUAUUAUAUCGGCGGCCCUCGAUUCCACAAGGUGGGUUCGACUGGUACGCCCACAAAUCUCAAAGAAGGAAAACAGUAUCCAUCUCUCUCCUUCCUGUGAGCGAUGACGACGAAGAGGAAAUUGAUGAGGUUGAUGGUGAUGAUGACGAUGACGAUCAGAGUCACAAUAAAACGUCUAGUUACGAACAGUCGUGUGCUUUUUAUUCUUCAGAAAAGGCAAUAGAUCAUCAGCAACGGGAAGACGCAAGGUCCUCAAGCAAGGAGGAUGUACUAGACCCCCAGAGAAUCCAGCUGAAAUCGUGCCUUCGUUCAUCGCGUUGUCCGGAAGAAGUCAGGUGCUCUUGUACAUCUUCCAGUAGGCAUAACCUCAACAACAAUAACAUUAAGCGCAAUAAUAACCACGACAAAGCCACCAGAGAAAAUACAAACAGCGAUAACGACAGAAGGAGCGAUCAGAGAAGAAACCUUAGAAAGAAGAAGGAUCCGUAUGAAACGGUUAUUAUUAAUGUCGGAGGGCAGAUAUUUGAAACGUAUCGCACAACAAUCAGAAAACUUCGAACGCCCAUCUUCCACACCAAAGACAAUCUACAGCUGUACUACAGAAAGUCCAGAGGGGACUACUUCUUUGACAGGGAUCCCACGGCUUUUGGAUCCAUCCUGAACUUUCUGAGGACUGGGGAGUUGCACAUACCCACAAACAUGUGUGGCCCGGCCUUACAGAACGAGCUGGACUUCUGGGGCAUCGAAGAGGCGGACAUCGCCCGCUGCUGCUGGACACAGUACAAUACCUGGAAGACUCAAUGUCGCUCCCUAGAGAAACUGGAGUACGACCGCAAGUUCUCCACCACUCAGCCGGUGAGACAUGUAUCUAAUGAACUAGACACCUCCUGCUGGUCUCGGCACAGAUCUAGAGUCUGGACCUUCUUGCAGGAUCCAGAGUCGUCACGGAAAGCCAAGGCAUACGCAUGGGUGUCCAUCAUCUUCGUCUUCAUUUCCAUAUUCUCUUUCUGCGCGGAGACACAUCCAACAUUCAAGGUCAAAGCCAAGGACGUGACCCAGUUUGCAAGAUUCUACGACUUCCUCAGCCUAGAAUCCAUCGACUGGUCCAAGUUGAUGCCCCAGAAGAAUCAAACCUCACAACCACACACAAACAUCACACAAACCUCAAAACCACACACAAACAUCACACAAACCUCACAACCACACACAAACAUCACACACAGCUCGGAGCCCACAAAUAUUCCUACCCUCGACUUCGGUCUCAGUAAUAAGACCAAUUUUAGUUCUCGGAAAAUUGCCAAGAGAUCCGCAGGCAUACACGACUACAUCCUCAACUGCAAUGCCCGAUCAGCUUUUCUUAACAUUGAAGAAAAGAAAAACAACACAGACUUGGGCGAAAAGGAUUUGCCUCAUCCAGCUCUUCUUUUGUUGGAUCUCAUCUGCCUUACAUUCUUCACCAUGGAGUAUCUCACCCGAUUUAUGUGCUCUCCCAGUAAAACUUUUUUUGUCCGUGCGCUUCAAAAUAUUGUGGACUUCCUGGCGUUUGCUCCGGAUUAUGUUGAGUUAGUGUUUUUAAUUUCCGAUCAUCAUCAGACCGAAGGGGUAGCCAUAAUGGAAAUGCUAUUUAUUCUAAGAAUUUUGAGACUGUGUCGAAUUUUCCGACUGAUUCGGCACGUCCCCGGUCUGUGGAUUCUCCUGUACACACUUCGGGCAAGUUUUAACGAGUUAAUGCUCAUGUGUGUCUUCCUUCUCAUAGGAAUGGUCGUCUUUGCAACCUUGGUCCACUUCGUGGAGCCAGAUGGAAUUUUCAACAACAUUCCAGUGGGAUUUUGGUGGAGCGUCGUUACUAUGACAACAGUUGGGUACGGUGAUAUGUAUCCUCAGUCACCCGCGGGAUUUUUUAUCGGUUCUUGCUGUGCUGUUGCGGGGCUGCUGAUGAUAGCAUUCACCGUUCCUAUAAUCGUCAGCAACUUUGUGCUGUACUAUACUCACGUACAGUAUGGGACUUGCAACGGCGAGACAGGGGAAUUAGAAAGACGCCGAGAAUGA